CUAGAAGAUAUACAGCGGCUCAAAAUGAAGUAAUGUGGGAACAUUUCGGAAACGAUGUUCCCAGCAUCUUUGAAUCGCAGUACAAUAUUAGUCUCUUGCUCGCAACAACUCACUUCUCCUCCUCUUAUCCAAAGCCGAUGCAACCCACUGUGGUCAAAAUGACUGGACUCCACAUUAAAGGAAAGCCUAAGCCGCUACCGCAGGAGAUACAGUCCUUCCUGAGUGGUGCGAAAUAUGGAGCCAUAUACUUCAGCCUUGGCUCGAAUGUUAAGAGCAGAAAUCUGCCAGAGUCUAUACGACAAGCACUGAUGGACGCCUUUUCUGAACUUCCGCAGAAGGUCCUUUGGAAGUUUGAGGAUGACUCUCUACCAGGGAAGCCAAGCAACGUCAUGAUCGCCAAGUGGUUGCCACAAGAGGAUGUUUUGUCUCACCCAAAUAUUCGACUGUUCAUCACUCAGGGCGGUCUUCAGAGUUUCAACGAGGCAUCCUAUUACAGUGUGCCACUAGUCGGAAUACCUUUCUUUGGUGAUCAAGCAUACAAUGUGGCAAAAAUGGUCAGCGCUGGAAUUGGAGUCAAGCUGGACUUUCGAACCAUCACCAAACAGUCUGUCCUCCAAGCCGUGCGGACCGUUCUGGAGGAUCCCAGCUACCAGGAGAAUAUGAAGCGCUUUUCAGCCGUCUACCGGGAGCACCAGAGCACGUCCCUGGAGAGGGCGGUGUGAUGGGUGGAGUACGUGAUCCGCCACCAGGGGGCUCCACACCUGCGCAGCGCAGCCCUCGACCUGCACUGGUGGCAGCUGCUGCUGCUCGACGUCAUAGCCUUCAUACUGGCUGUG